AUGAUUGAAUCUACGUGGCUCCAAUUUCAGUACCAUGUCCUAACCGCAUUCGUUCUUUUAUCGCUUUUCUGCAACGGAAUUCUCAUGAUUUUGAUUCAACUGAAAUCUCCAAAGCAGUUGGGUACUUACAAAUAUUUGAUGAAUUUUAUUUCAAUUUUUGAAAUUUGCUACUCGAUCGUCGACUAUAUCGUAGUUCCAGUAAUGCAUUCCUAUGGAUCCUCAUUUUUUAUAAUGACUCCACUUACCCAUACAUUUUUGAAUAAACAAAAUGCAUUGAUUAUGCAAGCUGUUUGGUGUGGAUUCUUUGGAUCUUCAAUGGCUAUUUUUGGGAUUCAUUUUAUAUAUCGGUAUCUAGCUGUUAGCGGAAACUCUUACAUCUCAACAUUCAAUGGUCCUACUCUUAUUCUCUGGAUGUUGAUGCCAAUUAUCAACGGAUUUAUCUGGGGAACAGUUGCAUUAAUUUGCUGUGGACCAAAAGAUGUCCUAACAAAUUAUAUAAGAAAUAACUUAAUGGAAACAUUUGGUUUGUCAGUUGACGAAGUUGUCUAUAUUGGUCCGUAUUUCUUUGAUGAAAAUGGUAAAUUCCUAUUAGAUUGGGAUGUAUUGAUAACUUUGUUUGGAGCAUCUUUGAUUAUGGGUUCAUCUCUCUGUACAAUUUUCUAUUUUGGCUGGAAGUGUUAUAAAGCACUAUCUGAUCUACAAUCACUCUCUAGUGGAUAUUCACCACAAUAUCGCGCACUGCAAAGACAGUUUUUCGCUGCAUUAGUGUGUCAAACUGUCAUUCCAAUUAGUCUAAUGCAUUUUCCACUUCUUAUUUCAUAUUCUGGAGCACUUCUGAACAGAGGAUUCGGUCGAUUAAGCAACCUAGCAUCUAUCACAAUUGCUUUUUACCCUGCUAUAGAUCCAUUGCCAAGCAUAUUAAUCAUCAAAAACUAUCGAGAAGGUGUUAAAAAUUUCUGUUUGGCUCCAAUCCAAUGCUGUAUUAAAUUGAAGAAAAAAUAUUCAUCAAAAGUAGCAAAUGUGGAAGUCAGUGACAGAAGAUCAUCAAGUAUUCCAGAAAAUGGUGUAACUUCAGUAUGGGGAGAGGUCCUUUAA